AGUGCCGUUGAACGCACCUCUCGUAACCAAGGUGAUGACGCUAUUCUCCGUAACCAAGGCACUCUGAAGGCAAACACUAGCCACAUAGCAAGGCUAGCCAAUCUGUCAGAUAAUCUUUUAGCUAUGAAAUAAUCCCCGUUUGGCGUAUUGAGAUCGAUUCUAAAUGAAACCAGUCAAUUGAAACAUUCGACUUAAUACGCUUUAGCUACUUUAGCUUCAAGUCAGUUCGCUGCGUGGCCUAAAUAACAGGCAGAAUCAUCCAUUUUUCCUGUAGAUUAGCUCUGUCUCCAAAGCUAGCAAACUUAGUGACAUAAACGUUAGCUGCACAGCCACCAUGGUAAGUAGCUGCUUUCUUUUGCUGUUUAUGGCUAGUCAGACCUCAUUUCUGCCUUUAUAAGUUAGCAUGCUCAGCGUGUCUCUCUUUUUAAAAACAAUGUUAGCAAGCAUCUCCACAGAAAACACAUUGCAUGUGAAUAGGCCCUGUCACAAAUUAGCAGGGGAAAAUCCUCUUCAAGUUAGCGAUCAGCCCGGCUGUGGUCUCCAUUACUGCCUGUCUGUCUGUCUUCUCUACCUUUUAGCUUCAGUGACAGCCCGUUAACUGUAUCUGUUCUCGUUUUGUCCUCAUGUAGGCUGAGUUUGGAUUUAAUGAACACCAUCAAAAUGAAGUCAUCAAUUACAUGCGGUUUGCACGUUCAAAGAGGGUCCUGAGACUAAAGACCAUCGAUUCAUGCUUUGAAGAGCUGAAAGAUAGCAGGUAACAGUAACACUUUUACAUGUUAACCUCAAGUUAUUAUGUAUGACUCAUAUUCAACAGGUACAACACUAAGACCAAAAAGGUUGGGACGCUGUACAACAUGUUGGGGGGGGGGGGAAAUGCUCAGAUGAUUUUAACACUAUUUAAUUGAAAUGGUACACAAAAACAAAUCAAAUGAUGAUGUUAGAAAUUGAUACUUUAAAGGGAUAUUCAGGCAUAAAAUUAAUUUAGGGUCAAACACACCACAACACUGAGUUAGACACUACCGUGAGAGAUGAAUGUUGCAGACUGCUUGCUUCUCUAGUUAUACCAACUUUAGAAACGACCGCACGAUAGCAAUACACAGCGGUCUGAGGAGCCAUAAACAAACCUCAACCUAAACGCCACUCUAUAGCCACAAAUAACGCUCAGAACAGCACCUAACUUCAUCAACAGUACAUAUAGGGUCCCAGCCACAGUACUAGCCACCAAUCACCUUUUCAACUUUGCCGAAUUUCUUUAGCAAAGAGACUAAACACAACCCACCCACUCUCUUCCAGCAGCCGUUUGUUUGCAGCAAGACCUUAGACCAGUCAAUUACAGACUGCUGCGGGGUGACGCAGCUCAAGGAAGAACAUUUAUGAUAAUUUCUUCAUGGAAAUGCAAUCAGACUGAGACGCUAAGGCAGAAGAACUACCACAUCUGCAGUACAAAAUGAUUAAUGUGGUGAUUAUUACGUAAAGGAAAUGAUAAAGACAUUAUCAUAAAUGUUCUUCCUUGAGCUGCAUCACCCCACUGUUGUCCGUAAUGGACUGGCCUGAGGUCUCGCAACAGACAAACAGCUGCUGGAAGAGAGUGGGUGAGUUGUGUUUCGUCUCUUUGCUAAAGAAAUCAGGCAAAGUUAAAAAGAUGUUUGGUGGCUAGUGCUGUGGCUAGGACCCUAUAUGUACUGUUUCUGAGCAUUAUUUGUGGCUAUAGAGUGCCGUUUUGGUUGAGGUUUGUUCAUGGUUCCUCAGACCACUGUGUAUCGUUAUCCUGCAGUCGUUAGUAAAGUUGGUAUAGCUAGAGAAGCAAGCAGUCGGCAACAUUCAUCUCUCAAGGGGUUGUCUAACUCGGUGUGUUUGACCCUAAAUUAAUUUUACGUCAGAAUAUCCCUAUAAUAAAAAAUCAUAUAUUCCCAUUUCAAAUUUUAUGCCAGCAACACAUUUCAAAACAUCUGGAGGAACAUCUCUUAGGCUGGUUAUAAGAGGGGCAUAUAUUCACCAAAAGGCAAAAGGAAAGUUUCGAUUUCCACAUUGGAUAUGUUGUCUUUGCACUUUUUUUUAAAAUUAAAUGUAAGGUUUAAUUUGUUUGCAAAUAAUCAAUAUCUGUUUUAUCAACAUUUUAACCAGCUGUGAUGGAAUUGGGGUUGUAACGUGACAAUGUAUGUGUAAUAAUCUAUAUAUUUCUAUUUCUAAAGGCUGGUGGAGGGGACCUUCACAGUGGAGGAGGUUAGGGAGAUGCUGGAUGGGCUGCAGGCAGUGGUUCGAGGGGAGGUGGAGAUGGAACUCAUCAACACAGCCCACACCAAUGUGCUGCUGCUCAGGCAGCUCUUCUCCCAGGCUGAGAAGUUCUACCUUCGACUGCAGAGUGAUAUAUCAGAGCUGGAGAACAGGUGAGCAGUACAGGUGCAGCAGAAUCCGACUCCAUGUUAACUCACCUUGAAAAACCCUUGACUAGAAGGGAACCCAGUCAUGUUUGUCUGGGGUAGACUUCAUUCUUAUGGAUCAAAUAUACUUCCUUAAAAUAAGUGUUGAUUGUUCUUGUUUGCAAAAUUGGAUCGCUAAACACAAAAAAUAUAAAUAGGGACCCCAUUACAUCAACUCAAAGUGACAUUUUCAGACUAAAGUGAUUGAUGAGUUUAAUAACAGUCAAGGGUCAAACAGAGCCUCACCAGGGUGAGAAGUGGGCUGAAUCUCCAAGCAAAAAAACAAACCUGUUCUUAAGUUUGCAGGUCCUCAUGAGAGACCUCCUCCUACUCUGCACCACUUCCUUUUCAGAACCGUUUAGGUUCAGAUCUCUUGCGUGUUAAAAGCACAUGCCUGUCAAAAAGGUCAUUGGAAAACCACAUGUAUGCAUACACUAGCUGAACUUCCAUCCAUUCUGUCGUGUUGGUUUCCUCUCUGCUAUGUGUUAAAGUGGCCUCUUAUCACAACAUCUGUCAACAUCUCAGUUUACAUUUUAAGGUCAGUUCACCUAAGUUUCAAUCUCAUUUUCUGACUAACACUGCAAAAACUAAAAAUGAAACAAGUGUUUUUGAAAAUCUCAUUUCCGGCAUUAAAAUUUAUAAUUAGCCUAGUUUGCCUAGUAUGUAAUAUCAGCCAAAUUUAUAUGACAAAUUAAGAUUAAAAUCUAACUUCAAGAUUUUACAAGCAAAAAAAUAAGACCUGAAGUUUUUAGAUGGUCAUGAAACUGGUAACGCUUUCUUUGACGGUUCACUUAUUACCAGGUAAUUAACAGGUAAUUACCUAGUAACAACAUGAAAUUAUCUGGUAAUUACAUGAUAACUACUAAGUCAAUACUGUCUAGCUACCUGGUUGGUAACUUUCCAUCAUCAUACAAAUUUGAAGCCGAAUUGCUCUGGUAUUUCCAGGAUUUUCUCUGCUUUCUGGAACCACCACUUGCGCAGCGUGUUGUACGCAUUCAGCUGGUGAGUUGCUGUGAUAAUGCUCGGCUCGCUACGCAAUGUUAGCGUCAAAGUGUCAAUCAUAGAAAAUAAGAACCCCAAAUAGCUUUUGAAAAUGGAGCUGCACAGAAAAAAAGAAAAACUAGACAGUAUCAACUUAGUAGUUAUCAUGUAAUUACCAGAUAAUUUCAUGUUGUUACUAGGUAAUUACCUGUUUAUUACCUGGUAAUAAGUGUACCGUAAAAGAUAGGGUUACCAUGAAACUAACUGAUGUUAAAAGUGAUGACAAUUUAAAGCCUUUUAAAGCAAACCAGACCACUAAAAAGAAGACAGAGUAAAAUUAAAACCUGCAACUGCUGCACGGGGGUAGGUGUCAAGAACAAGACAAGAACUGUUAUCACAGGUUUCACUGUAGGAUGUGUCAAAAGUAGCACUAGAGAGUUCCUCACAAGAACUUUAAUUUAAAUGAGAAAUCCCUCUGUAACAAUAAAAGGCUGUAGAGUUUUACACUUACUCUCUCUGUCUUCAAAGAUGACCAGCAUUUAAUUCAUCCUUAUUAUUACCUUUCGGAGGAGUAGCUCAAAGAGUAUGCCAGCGUGAAAAAAAAUCCAUACAGUGAGGCAGAGUAGCCCUUGCUUGCUAGUGUUAUUUUUCAUGGAUGCUGAGAAUUUUGUUGUGCUUUCCCCAAGCCUGAACAUUAGUGAUAACAGCUAGUGAUCAAAAAUAAAGGACAGUGUCUGUAUUUGCGACAAACUCGCGCUUUUUCGACGAUUAGGGAUUUGUAAAGCUAAAAAUCAGGGUUUCAAAUCAUGAAGAAUCUGUUCUGAAAAGAGAGGAUUUAACUGUUAGUUAAAAAUGUUGGCUUUGAUGAGGUAUGCAUGUCAAACUUAACGCUGUGAACACACGUCAUCCUGUUCCUCUUUUCAGUACCAGAAAGGAGGAAGCAAGAGUUUUCCACUCUCCCUAUCUUACCAUGAUCUGAUCUCUGAUAUUAAACUAAAAGGUUAUAAAAUUUUGCUCUUCUGCAGUGGACUGUUAUGAACCAAUACAGUGAACCAAGUAUGAUUGUUGUAAAGUUCCCCAGUGCGUAUUUAGUUGAACUUCACGCACCUUCUGACCUUGUAACCCUUCACCUUGUUAACCCUCUCACCGUGUUUUGGAAAAGCUCUUGUGUUUUUAAAACGCACACGAUGGGUGGAUAAAUAAAGCUUUCAUUUUUUAGGGUUGUACGUGACUUCUCAGCAAGAAAAUACGCCCUGAGUGACAGUCUACGUGCGCUCAGCUGCCUUUACAAACCACAUUUAAGCUUUUUAGAGAGCUGUUGUUUUCACCACAAGCAGAUAUCUUUUAGGGCUUAACUGCCAUCAAGAACUCGAGUGUUUAUUUUCCUUCAAAUAGAUGUCAAAAAGACGUAACUGUCAAAUUGUAGUUCAUAGUUAGCUGAAAAAAACAAAAACACACGUGUUGUUGUAUCAGAAAGUGGUUGAGAUGAUCAGAUUUACGCUAUCUGAUAUUGCAUUUAUAUACACCGUGUAUAUUUUUAAGCAAAGGCCUCAUAAAUUCCAAGAAAUUUGUGAUAUCUAAUCAAAUUUCAAACAUUUACAAGUCUUUUCUCUGCCCUUUUCAACCCAUACAGGGAGCUGUUAGAACAAGUGGCAGAAUUUGAGAAGACUGACUUCAAAACGACUGAUAAGGUGAGUCAAACGUGAAGCUCGAUUACAUUAACAACCUCGAACAUCACCAUUUACGCACCCUCAUUAAUCAUGUGUUCAAAGGAUUUCUGCGCCCGCAUGCUAUUUAGUUACAAAAGAGCAAUUCUGUGCAUUAAAAGGCGUUUUAUAUAUCCGGCCGCCUGUCCUUCACACCUAGCUGUGCGGUACGGAAGUCACACAUCUCUGAGGUUGAAAGGCGUAUUUUUGACACACACUAAAAGCAAAAACAGAUUUGACUUUGUGAUGCUAUGCUUUAAAGGUUUGGCAUCUCACACCUUUCUGUGCAAGUCAAGACUGUUUUUCCCGCUGAUUCAGACUGAAGCAGAUUUUUCUCAAUCUGAACACGUCCUUUACAGUGAAGUGUCAGUGAGGUAUCGCUAACCUUCCAAAAACAAGAAAAUCACACACCCUUCUGUCCCUGUUUCACUUGUAACGUGUUGAUUUUUUUCCCACGCAAGAAAAAUCAAGAAACAGGCAAACCCAAGCUCGCACCGCUAAACGAAGGCGGCGUGUCCGAACUUCUAAACAAGGUAAAAAACCACAAUGAAACCAUGGAUUGAAAUCUUUGCAAAAGUUGCGCUUUUAUUAGUUCUCCUUCACACUUUUCUUCUACAUUUCUCCAGGAGAUAGUGAGACUACAGGAGGAAAAUGACAAACUGAAAAGCAGGCUGCGAACUCUAGAAUCACAGGUAUCACACGUAGUCAGACAUCUUCAAACAGAAAGACACCUAGCUGGUUGUUAACUGUGAACAAAUGUAUCCUAAUUUAAUUUUCAUAGGCAAUGAGUGCACUAGAUGAGAAAACCAGGGCUGAGAGGGCCCUAAAAGACAUCCAGAAGGUGCAAGGAGAUCAGCAGGUAUGGUUUUUCUUGCAGCCAGCAGCACCGUCUCUUCUCUUGUGAUUUCAAGUUUUCCUUUUAUUUAGUUCUUAGUCACCUGUGUUUUUAUUUCAUUGCUUCUGAAUAUUUGCUGUCGUUUGGUUUUGUUUGCCAACUUGGACCUCUUAUGGUAUGUAUCUAGCUGAUCACAUAUGUCGUUAUUUUCUCUGUGUGUCAUCAUGUCUAGGAAUAGGGUAUAGAUACAGUAGGGUAAAGAUUUAGUAGUCAUGAUCUGAACUUGUUGUUUUUUUGUCCCCUUUAAGCUGGCUUCUCAAUCCCAGGAGAUCAGCAGUCUGGAAGACACAGUGGCCGCUCUGAGGGAGGACUAUGAGAGGUCUCUUAGUGCCAAUGCUGUGUCCCAGAAGGAUCUGCAGGAAAACCUGAUCUCUGCCAAACAUGAACUCCUGCGAGUGCAGGAGCAGCUGGCCCUGGCAGAGAAGGUACGUCACUGUAUUUUUUUUUUCUUUUUUCAACAGCAACUGACAGCAACAAGCACCUGCAGUCAACACCCAGCCUACCAAAGUGGCAUGUCUUACACUUAAUACAAUAGAUGUUGUUGUAUUUAGUACCUAUGCAGCUUUUUCAUGUGUUCACGUGCGUGUGCAGGAGUUGGAAAAGAAGUUUCAGCAAACCGCGGCCUACCGAAACAUGAAAGAGAUCCUCACCAAGAAAAACGAGCAGAUCAAAGACAUAAGAAAACGAUUGCAGAGGUGAGUUUCAACCAAUGAGAACAAAGUGAUUCAAUCAGUUUCAAAACCAUCGAGUUUUUGCAGUUUUGGGGAGUCGUGGCUGCCUAAAUAGUAAACCGGAUUACAGAUUAUAGACAGAAAUAAGCCUCAUCUCUGGUCAGUUUAAACAUGCAAAAUGGGAGCUCCUCAAGGUUUUACUAGACUGGCUCCAAAACCCAAGAAAACUGCCCUGAGUCCAUGUUCAAAAUUGAUCUGUAUGUCUAUAUUAGUUUGUAAAAAUGGCUCUAUAUUCAGGUUUGUUCUGCUUUUACUCCUGUCUUUCAGAUAUGAACCCAAUGAAUGAACUUAACCCCAUGCAUCUGGUGAAAAAGGGGCCCAGAGGAUAAGACAAGGGUAAAAAUUUACGACUGUGGUUUUGGAUGAGAAACCAUCGGCUCCACUGCUGUAAGACAAGAGACCGAAAAAAAGCACUACCACGAGGGACUGUACAUUCAUGUUUUAUCUGACUUCUUUAGUAGUUUCUUGGCUUUAGUUCAAAGCAGGAAUGGGAAGGUUGGGGAGUACACAUAAACUGAACACACAAAUCGAAGCGGUGACAUAUAAUAGCUGUGCUUUUUUUCUACGUCUCAGUUUGGAGCUCACUUACAGUAGCUAGACUUCCCUCAGUGCUCUAUGCAAUUACUAUCAUGUCCCUGUUUGAAGAGGCCUUGUCCAUGUGCUGAAUUAGACAGAUACUCUCUGUCUGCCUGAACCUUUGCAGUCUUACCUUUCGGACGGUUAGAGGUGAUAUUUAGCUUUUGAGCACCAGUUGAUUGUUUAUUUACGAACUUAAUGAUUAGUCUUAAUUUUAGAAGCUCCCUUUGAAAUCUAAAGCACCAUUUAGUAAAAUCGAAUCAGACAUCGAAGCCAUUUUGUUUUAAAACAGUCAAACUUUACAGUGAUAUUUACCGACUUCUGAAGUCACACCUGCUUUUGCUCGUUACCUUCACACUUAAAAGGAUUUCAAACAGAAACUUUUCAAAUGAUCUGGCAUUCUGUGAAAGUCUGAUCGUCGAUAAAUACACCCGAUAUCUUUCUAUGAUUUUCUUGUCCAACUCGGAAAGUGAUCCAGAUAAAUUUACCUACUUAACAAAACAAAGGGCAUAGAAUAUUUUUGUCUAAAAUCUUGAACUGUGUACUUUUCAUAUCGUGUGGGUGAUGGCGUGUAAGAGAAAAAAAAAUACAUACAUGAUGUUCAUGAGUUAAUGCUCUUGUAGAGUAUGAUACAUCUAUCCUAUGUAACACUACACUAGAUGUGCGUUUGUGUGUAUUGUGCAAAGUAUGGGGUAAUAAAAGCUGUUACCAAAUAUCA